UUUUGGCCCUCAGUGGGGUGGGAGCGCCAUGUGCGCUGAUCCACGCCCCAUUCGGAAUUGUUAGUUCAGGGUUGCUCAGGGAUUCUAUCCUUGCUGUGACCUCCCACGUUUUCGUGGCUUGUCGUAAUGAAGCUCGAGUUUUCGCUACUCCUUGUCCUCCUGCCAGUCUUGGCCUUUAAAGGUGGCCGGCGGCACGCAGGAAACGAGCCUGCUGGAACGUUGUUGGAGGUGUCGUCCGACCAGUACUCCAACGGACGCCACAAGAUUGGUGGUCAGUACCAUGAUGACCGAAUGAAAGAGCUGCAGAAGGUAAAAGAUGCCUUGAUAGGCAUGAUGCAGGAUGGGCAGGCUCCUGGGGGCAAGAACUUCAACUUCUACAUGUCCACUGUGGUUAACAUGGUCAACGUCACCAUGCGGACAUCUCUGGAAGAGCAGUUUAGCGCUGACAAGGCGGUCAUGAAUGCCAGCUUUAGGCAGUUCGAGAGCUGCCGCAGCACUCUGGUUUCAGGCCUCUCCUGGCCGAAUGCUAUCUUGGAUGGCGGCGAUUAUGGAGACCAAUCAUACAGCGGCCUGAGCGUCAGCAAGAAAGCCCACAACGACUGCAGAGAGAUACAGAACCAGAAGAAGCAGCUCUACGACGCGUGCGUAGAUGAUGAGCGAAUCAGGUGGGCCACGGUGAAGGCAGCGUGCGAUCACAACUUCGGGAAGCUGUACAACUCGGUGUCUGCGCACUCGACCGGGGCUUGGUCGAAGCAAUGUGACACCCAGCUGGAGGUGUUCACCAACACCUUGCCGGAUCCGGACCCCACGGGCCUGGUGGACCUCGGCGACACGGACACUGAGGGGUAUUUGAUCGCCCAGUUCAAUUACUGGGACAGGAAGUUGGAAGAGUUCCUGAGAGCAGAGGCCUUGUGCAAGAACGCCACGGCCAAGGCCGAGGCGGAGAAGUUGGACUGCAGCGGGAAGCUGGAAGCCUUCACCAACGCCUCCAAGGAAUGCGACCUGCGCCAGGACGGCAUGGAUGCCCUCGCAUGCCAACAAGCAGUGACGAGGCACAGCAGGUGCUCUGACUACGAUUGGUGCUACGGUGCAGCGGUGAAUGAAUGGACCGUCACCAAGGCCACGAUGUGUGGCCCCUGGGGAAAGGAAGGCGCCCUUGAUGACGAGCUUGCGCUGUUGGAUCAGAUCGAAUGCGUGCUCUCCGCGCUGACCUCCUCGGACGCGAGCACCAAGGCAGCCGAGUGCUUGAACAGCGCGCCCAAGCGGGAUGGGGAAUUCAAGUUCCCGGAGUGCAGCAAGGUGAUGCCGCCUAAGGAGGCCAAGCAGAACUGCGGGAGUCACCUGAGCCCUUUGGAAGAUCCUGACAUGGCGGGGACCACCUUCUACGUGGACAAGUACUACACCGGCCCUGACUCCAACCCGACGGGCUACCCCUUGCCGGAGCUCAGCAAGGAUGAUCCGGACCACGCCCCUGCCGUCGACGUGAAGGCGUGCGUGGCUCCAUGCUGCACGCAUUCAGAGGCUGUGAACACCACCCGUGGCCUUCCCGAAGUGAAGAACAAGUCCGACAUCCUCAGAGCCGCCGGCAUUGCGGACGCAGAGUGCGCGUCCCCGAGCCGAUCCGCGGACGACGGCUUCAUCGUGUACGAGGGUUCGCUGUCCAUGGACUCUUUCAACGUGAGGGCCUCCUGUGCAGACAACUACAAGGGCCAUGCAGUGGCCACGGUCUGCAAGAAGCGGGGAGAGCCCUACACCAUUUCGGGGUGCACUACGGAGGUUUGCCGGGCCCCGAGCACCAAGGAGAAGGAGGACUACGAGUUGGUUGAGCAGUCAUUGGAGAUGCCCUUCUUCAGCAUUCACGCGAAGUGCAAGGGCACGGGCACUGCCGAGGUUCAGCGCUGCAGCAAGCACGAUGAGCCCUACGUUCUGUCAGGAUGCCUGCCCUUCACCUGCAAGAGCCCCAAGGCUAGCGUUGGAGAUGGCUACCAAGUGUUCGAGGGCUCCAAGCGCAUGGACGGCUGGGACGUGAAGGCCUCCUGCGCCACGGGCUACGAGGGCACGGCGGUGGUGAAGAUGUGCUCGGAGCCGCUGACGCCCUACUCCCUGUCUGGCUGUGGGCCCUCCAAGUGUGGCAUGCCCACCACGGAGCAGAUGCGGGACUACGAGGUCACGGUGCUGGAUCUGCACCUCCCCACCUUCGCGGUGGCGGUGAAGUGCCGGGGAAUCACCACGGGCUCGGAGCCGGAGGCGGUGCCCUGCAUGAAGGCCGGAGAUCCCUUCACGCUGAAGAACUGCAAGCCUAUGGAGUGCCUCUCGCCCCGGAACAGCGGCGAUGGCUACCAAGUGUUCGAGACCUCCAGGCUGAUGCACAACUUCCACGUGACCGCGUCCUGCGCGGCCGGCUACGCGGGCACGGCGCAGGUGCGGAAGUGCGUGGACCCGGAGGCGCCCUACGUGAUCUCGGGCUGCGGGGCCAAGAAGUGCGUGAUGCCCACGGACAAGGCGCUGAAGUACUAUGAGGUGGCCGCCCAGUCCCUGGAGAUCCCGAGCUUCGCGGUGUCCGCCCAGUGCCAAAUCGGGGCCUCUGGCACCGCACAGGUCACCCCCUGCGACAAGGACGGGGAGGCCUUCAAGGUGGAUGGCUGCACCCCGCACGCCUGCCAGUCCCCGCUGGCCGGUGCGGACGGCUACGUCGUGUUCGAGAAGUCCAGACUGAUGGAAGACUUCAACGUGACGGCAGUCUGUGCCAAGGGCUACAACAAGGGAAAGGCCAUCGUGACGAUGUGCAAAGAGCCCGGGCAGCCGUACCUUUUGACGGGCUGCGGGGCAGGCAGCUGCACAGAGCCCAGUGCCAAAGCCGCCUUUGACUACAGAUACACCGCCUACAGCUUGGAGAUGCCCAGCUUCAGCGUGGCGGUGAGCUGCCCCAGCGGCAAGGGGAAGGGCAUGGCCAAGGAAUGCCCAAGGGAGGACCAGCCGUUCACCCUGGAGGGCUGCGAGCCAAUCCCCUGCAAGUCCCCCACCAGCGGGCCUGGCACUGCUGGCUACAUGGUGUUCGAGACCUCGCUGAACCCGUACGAGUUCAACGUCUCCGCCAUCUGCGCGGACGGGUACCAGGGCACACCAGCAGUGAAGGUGUGCUCGGAGGGGGGGAAGACCUACAGCCUCACCGGGUGCAAGGCGAGGUCCUGUUCGCCGCCCACCAUGGACGUGGACCCCUACGUGACCACCGUGCACUCCUUGGAGAUCCCCAGCUUCAGCGUAACCACCAAGUGCAAAGGCGUGAAGGACCCCAGCAAGCCGAUCAUGGCGGUGCCCUGCACCAGGGACUUGCAGCCCUACACGCUGGAGGGGUGCUUGCCUUUGAUGUGCUCCUCCCCGACCAAAACGGCGGAGGAUGGAUAUGCGGUGGUGGAGACAAACAAGCUGAUCAAGGGCUUCAACGUGAAGGCCACCUGCGCCGACGGCUACAUGGGCACUGCGAAGGUCGCCGCGUGCAACGUGAGCCACACGCCCUACCAUCUCUCGGGCUGCCGCCCGCAGAAGUGUGUGGAGCCCCCGAAAGAGGAGAUGGAGAACUAUGAGCUCACAGUGCACUCGAUGGAGAAGCCCAGCUUCAGCAUCACCGCCCAGUGCAGAAGCGGCGGCGCCGGCGAGGCGGUGCCCUGCCAGGGCGACGGCCGAGCCUUCCACCUGAAGGGCUGCCUGCCGGCCGCCUGCACGUCCCCCAGGAAGACCCUGGAUGACGGCUACAUGGUGUAUGAAGACAACUUGGGCUUCAAGGACUUCAGCGUCACCGCCAGCUGCGCCGCGGGGUACCAGGGCACCGCCCUGGUGGAGAAGUGCCGCAAGGGCGGGGAGCCCUACCAGCUCAGCGGCUGCGGCGGCGCCCAGUGCACAGUUCCGGCCAAGAUCCCCUUCCAGUACAACAUCACCACCUACUCCCUGGAGCUGCCCAGCUUUAGCGUGUCUGUGAGGUGCCGCGGACACAGUGACGGCAGCCCCCAGGCGGUGCCCUGCAAGAAGGAUGGUGAGCCCUUCUCCCUGGAGGGUUGCUUGCCCAUCACCUGCUUGUCUCCACGCAAAGAUGCAGAGGCUGGCUACACAGUGUUCGAGGGCUCCAAAACCACCGACCACUUCGAUGUGAACGCGUCCUGCGCAGACGGGUACCAGGGCGUGGCCUCGGUGAAGAUGUGCACCGAGGUGGACACGGCCUACGAGCUGUCGGGCUGCUCGGCCCAGAGGUGUGUGAGCCCCCGGGACGUGGAGACCUACAGCUACGAGCUGACGGAGCACUCGCUGGAGCUGCCCAGCUUCAGCGUCACGGCGCGCUGCAAGACCACGGCCACGGGCGCCGUGAAGGCCAUCCCCUGCACCCAGGACGGGGAAUCUUAUACGCUGGAGGGGUGCCUGCCUGGCAAGUGUUCCUCCCCGAUGGCCGGUGCAGAUGAUGGCUAUGUGGUGUACGAGGCCAACAAGCAGUUCGACCGCUUCGACGUGAAGGCGAGCUGCGCCUCCGGUUACGAGGGCACGGCGGUGGUGCAGAUGUGCUCGGAGCCGGAGACGCCCUACACCCUGAGCGGCUGCAGCACCGCGACCUGCACCGAGCCCUUGGACGCCUACAAGGCCUACGAGCUCACGAAGCACUCCUUGCAGCGGCCCAGCUUCAGCGUCUCCGUGAAGUGCCGCUACAGCAGCGGCGCGGGGCUUGCCACGGUCUGCGCCAAUGCGGGGGAGCCCUUCCAGCUUUCUGGGUGCCCCCUGGGCGAGUGCACCUCUCCAGUGAAGGCCCUGGAUGCCGGCUAUGUGGUGUACGAGGCCUCGAAGAAUCGCGAGACCUUCAACGUCACGGCCAGCUGUGCCUCGGGCUACAAGGGCGUGCCCUCAGUCACCGAGUGCACGGCGCAUCAGUCGCCCUACAGCCUGGAGGGCUGUGCCCCGGAGAAGUGUGCCGAGCCAACGGAUGCCGAGAAGGACCCCUACGACCUCAACAUCUUCUCCACGGAGCGGCCCAGCUUCAGCAUCACCGCGGCCUGCAAGUACGGAUCCGGCAGCGGCAAAGCCAAGGCCUGCACCAAGGAUGGGGAGGCUUACACGCUGGAGGGCUGCCAUGCUGGUGCCUGCGAAUCUCCCCGCACUGACGCACAGGAUGGCUAUGUUGUGUACGAGGCGUCCAAGUUUUUGGACUCCUUCAACGUCACCGCGAGCUGCGCCAACAUGUACCGGGGCACCGCCGCGGUGACCAAGUGCUCCCAGAAUGGGGAGGCCUACGGCCUGGACGGCUGCGAUGCAGAGACCUGCAUGGAGCCGGAUGUCGAGGCCAACUACGAGGUCACGACAUAUUCGCUGGAGCGGCCCAGCUUCAGCGUGUCGGUGAAGUGCAAGAACGGGGCUGGCACCCCGAAGGCGGUACGGUGCUCUAUGGACGGCAUGGCCUACACGCUGGAGGGCUGUUAAGUUAGUCAAGACUUUGAGGCUUUGCGGCUUUGCUUCAGGAGCUCGGACGAAGUCCCUUGACUUGCCGGCUCCACCGCUUGAGCGAGGCUUUGUAAGAUAACGCAAACCGACCCGCGCGCUUCCGCUCGCCUCGGGAGCGAAAUUUGCGAGCUUCAGCGUGCAGCAUUGCAGAGCUUGGGCAGGGACGUCUUUUUGGCCUCCCUUUCAAACCACAAGAAAGGAGUGCCCUCAAAAAGACGCUCGUUUGGACCGCU